ACCGGCGCUGGUGCUGAAAGCGCCUUUCCCUUUGCCUUCCUUGUAGGAGCUGGAGGGAGGGUGUGACGCAGGUUCCGCUUCCUACACCUCUCUUCCGGUCCUCUAGUGCUAAGCACCGUGCCUGGUGUUCGACUCCAGCUGAGGCUGCCGAAGGCAACAGUGAUCAUGGCGAUGUUUGAGCAGAUGAGAGCGAACGUGGGCAAGUUGCUCAAGGGUAUCGACAGGUACAAUCCUGAGAACUUGGCUACCCUGGAGCGAUAUGUGGAGACACAAGCCAAAGAGAAUGCCUAUGAUCUGGAGGCCAACCUGGCCGUCCUGAAACUGUGAGUGUCUGUCCCCACCCUCAUACGAACAGCUGCCUAGCAGGAAGCCACUCUGGAGAGGGAACCUGGUGCAGAGGGGCCUGGGGCAAGCUGCAAGAUGGGACUUCUCUUCGGUGUUUUAGAAGGUACCAGUUCAACCCAGCCUUCUUCCAGACCACAGUCACUGCCCAGAUUCUGCUGAAAGCCCUCACCAACCUGCCCCACACCGACUUCACUCUGUGUAAAUGUAUGAUCGACCAGGCACAUCAAGAAGAGCGGCCCAUCCGGCAGAUCUUGUACCUCGGGGACCUGCUGGAGACCUGCCACUUUCAAGCCUUCUGGCAAGCCCUGGAUGAGAACAUGGACCUUCUGGAAGGCAUAACUGGCUUUGAAGACUCUGUCCGAAAAUUUAUCUGCCACGUGGUGGGCAUCACGUACCAGCACAUCGACCGCUGGCUGCUGGCCGAGAUGCUCGGAGACCUGACUGACAACCAGCUGAAGGUGUGGAUGAGCAAGUACGGCUGGAGCGCUGACGAGUCAGGGCAGGUCUUCAUCUGCAGCCAGGAAGAGAGCAUUAAGCCCAAGAACAUCGUGGAGAAGAUUGACUUUGACAGUGUGUCCAGCAUCAUGGCCUCCUCCCAGUAAGCCAGUGUGCGUUAAUAAAGAUUUGUUCACUCCGC